AUGGCCAUUUAUCAUCAUCCCCGGCCUUACUGUACAAUGGACCAACCACAGGAGAAACCAGCAUCCAACGCUACGUCUCCCAAAAUGUCGCCAAAGACUGAGCCCGAGGCGGAAUCCGGAGCGGCUCCUGCUAUCACUACUGCUCCUGCAUCCACCCCGGCUGCUGCCGUCCCCGCUCCUGACGCCGCGUCUGUCGCAACACCCUCAGCAACACCAGUCGCAACAUCAUCAGCAAAAGAAGCAUCCACCCAGGCAGCACCCACCACCACCGCUGCUCCUGCUUCUGAUGCCCCGGUUGCCACCGCUCCCCUCGCAACCAGUGUUCCGCCUACUGUGAAACCGGAGGAGAGUGUUCCUGCUCCUGGCCCCGCCGGCAGUGCUUCUACCACCACGGCGUCCACGUCAGCAGUGCCAACACCCGUACCUGCCACAGCACCAGCACCUGCUGUUCCCGCUGUCGCAGCACCCCCUUCCACUGGCUCUGCUCCACCUUCUACUGCGGGCCCCAGUUCGGCUUCCCCGGCUCCUCCCCAUCCUGCUCCUCCGGCCUCUGCGCCCGCUCCUGCACAUUACCACGGCUCUCCCCCUCAUCAGAUGCACCCCGGCCCUGUCCCUGGACCCCGAGGCUCGCCUGCUCCUCCUCAGCAGUCCCAGCAGCACACUCCUCAGCCUGGGGCACAACCCUCGCCCGCUGGAGACAUUGAACACAUGCACCAUAUGCACUUGCCACCGCGAAACCACUCGCAGACCAGCGUGUACCGUGCACUCAAUGUGACUGAUGCGCUCACAUAUCUGGACCAGGUGAAAAUCCAGUUCAGCGAUAACCCGGACGUGUACAACCGGUUCCUGGACAUUAUGAAGGACUUCAAGAGCCACACGCUCGACACCCCAGGCGUCAUUUCGCGUGUCUCCAACCUUUUCCGAGGCUUCCCACAUCUCAUUGAGGGCUUCAACACGUUCCUUCCUCCCGGAUACCGCAUUGAGUGCAGUGGCGAUCCCUCCGACCCCCAUCCUAUCAAAGUAACCACCCCCGCGGGUACUACUACUGGUGCCGAGAUGGGUAUUACCCAAGGUCAGCAGCCUCAGCCUCAUUUGCAGCAACAGACUCAGCAACAGCAGCAGCAGCAGCAGCAAGGAGGUCCCCAGCAGCAACAGGGAGGUCCCCAGGGUGGUCCUCAGCAAGGAGGCCCUCAGGGAGGCCCCCAAGGCCCCCCUCACAUGCAGCACCCUCACAUGCAGCAGCACCCCCACCACCCCCCUCCACAUGGAGCUCCUCUCUACGGUCCUCCCUCCGAGCAGGCCGCUGGACAGUCUCUUCAGCAACUCUCUGGAGUAGAUAACCGAGCCUCCCCCAGCGAGCCCAGCCGCCGAUCUGGAGCACCCGUCGAGUUCAACCACGCCAUCAACUACGUGCACAAGAUCAAGAACCGGUUUGCUGACCAAGAAGAGACUUACAAGCACUUUCUGGAGAUCCUGCAGACCUACCAAAAGGAGCAGAAACCCAUUGGUGAAGUGUACCAACAGGUGACAAUCCUGUUCCGCAACGAGCCCGACCUGCUGGACGACUUCAAGCAGUUUCUGCCUGACACUAGCGGUGAGGCUGCUGCUUAUCUGGAGGCUGUGGGUCAACAGCAGCGUCUUCCUCCCGUUGGAAACUUUGCUCCUGCCUAUCCUGGUCCUGUUCAUCAGCCUAGUGGAACCCCGGGGGCUGCAACUGCUCCUCCCCCUUCUACUGCUGCUCCCUCGGUCAAGAGAAAGCGAUCUUCUGUCAGCGAAUUUCCUACCGAAUAUAGCAAUAUUCGAGGCGGGGCUGCUGCUGCUGCUGGAGCUGCGAACAAGCGGAAGAAGGAGGACUCUCCUUCCCUUCUGCCCACGCCCUCUCCAUUGGCUCCCACUUCUGGCAACGAUGCUCUCGUGGAGGAGAUCUCCUUCUUCGACCGAGCCAAGAAACACAUUUCCAACAAGGCUGUGUACAACGAGUUCCUAAAAAUUCUUAACCUCUUCUCCCAGGGUCUCAUUGACAAGGCUACUCUUGUGGAGCGAGUGGAGGGCUUUCUGGGUGGUUCUCACGAGCUGUUUGCCUGGUUCAAGAAGUUCGUCAACUAUCAAGAGAAGCCGCUGCAUAUCGAGAACAUUGUGUUCAAAAAGUCGCAUCUUGAGCUAUCGUUGUGUCCUCCUCUGGGCCCCUCCUACCGGCUGCUUCCCAAGUCGGAGCGGUUCAUGCCCUGUUCCGGACGUGAUGAAAUGUGCUGGGAGGUGCUGAACGACGAGUGGGUCGGCCACCCUACCUGGGCGUCCGAGGACUCUGGUUUUGUCGCCCACCGAAAGAACCAGUACGAGGAGGUUCUUCAUCGAGUCGAGGAGGAGCGUCAUGAGUACGACUACUACAUUGAGGCGAACCUGCGGUCGAUUCAGACGCUUGAGACCAUCAGCAACCGAAUCGCCAACAUGAGCCAUGAGGAGCGGCUCAACUUCCGACUGCAGCCUGGUCUGGGACAUGGCACCACCAUCUACCAGAAGGUGAUUCGCAAGAUAUAUGACAAGGAGCGAGGCCUGGAAGUGAUCGAGGCGCUUCAUGAGAACCCUGGUAUUGCUGUUCCUGUUGUUCUGCGACGUCUGAAGCAGAAGGACGAGGAAUGGCGACGAGCACACCGAGAGUGGAACAAGGUGUGGCGGGAAACCGAGCAGAAGGCCUUCUACAAGUCUCUGGACCAUCUGGGACUCACCUUCAAGCAGCUUGACAAGAAGAUGUUGACCAGCAAGCAGCUUGUUGCCGAGUUGGCUGCUGCUCGAGUCGACAGCAAUGCCACUCCUGCCGCCAAGAAGCCUCUCCUCGGUCUCAAGCCUGUUCAGCAGCUGGACUACGAUUUCAAGGACUAUUCUGUGUUUGGAGAUGUUCUCAAGCUGGUCAGUGUGUUUCUGGAGCAUAGCAGCAGUUAUAGCGCUAAUGAUCGGGAGAAGCUGGGUGUUGUUAUGGACGGUUUCCUCUGGUUGUUCUUUGGUUACGAGAGCGAGUCUGCCAAGGUCGAGGAGUUUAAGGAGGAGACUGAGGACAAGAUUGACGAGGACGACAAGGAGGCUGAGGCUCGAGACAAGAAGGAGGAUGACAAGAAGGAAGAGUCUCCUAUCAAGGUCGAAGAGGAGAAGGAGAUGAAGGAUGAGUCCAAGGAGUCUACGGAUGCUAAGGAUGAGUCCAAGGUGUCCAAUGAUGCCAAGGAUGAGUCCAAGGAGUCUAAGGAUGCCAAGGAUGAUGUCCCUACCACUAACGGACACUCCAAUGGAACGGCUAAGAUUCGCCCAUCUCUCCGUGAAAUCCUGCUAAAGGCCAAGUCUCGAGACAACAGUCCUGACGCUGAGGAUCCUUCUCACCCCUGGAUCCACACCGAAACCCCUCUCAACACUUCCACGCCCGGCAAGCGACACCGGUUCAACCUUUUUGCCAACACCACCAUCUACGUUUUCUUCCGUCUGCUGCAAACUCUGUACCAGCGACUUGUGGAGGUCAAGGCUCUGGAGGAGACUGUGUCAGCAGAGAUUGCUUCUCGAACCCCCGUUGACUUUGCCGUCGAUCUUAACCUCUACGACCACAAGCUGGACGACAUGGGUCUGCGAUUCAAGUCGAAGAACUGCUAUCCUCAGCUGCUCAAUCUGUCGUGUCGACUGAUUGAAGGAGAUGUGGAGCACCAGUGGUUUGAGGAGGCUCUGAGACAGGCAUACCGAAACCGUGCCUACAAGCUAUACACCAUUGACAAGGUUGUGCAGGCUCUGGUCAAGCACAUGCAUACUGUCAUCAGUGACCAAAAGUCCAAUGACAUUAUGCUACUUUUUGAGCGAGACCGUCUAACCCCCACGUCGUCUGUUCAUCAACAGAUUCUGCAUCGUCUCCAGGUCAAGCAGGUGGUUGACUCGGACGAGAGUCUUUACAGAAUCGAGUUUGACGAGAAGACCGGACAUGUGAGCAUUGUCUAUUUGUCUGGUGAGGACGAGUCUGUCAGUGUGGUUGGAGCUUCUGACGAGGACAAGUGGAAGUAUUAUCUGACUUCCUAUGUCAUGGCAAACCCCACCGAGGGAGUCAAGUCGGACAAGAUCCGAAUGCCUCUGUUGAGAAGAACUCUGGAAGACUUUGAGUCGCGUGACGAGGAGGAAGACGGGCAUGUGCAUUCCGAUUCGAUCUUUGAGACGGUGGAGCAGAAUCUGCUUGUUCGAAUUGCUCUGGGAUCAUUCAAAAUGUUUUUUGUCCCUGGAACCGAAGACUGUUUUGUCCGAAAGAGUGUCAAGACUGAGCCUGUCAAGGGCGAGACUGUCCGGCAGCAAAAGUUUAAGGCCAUCCAGGAUGGAUCUUCUACCUUCAAGCAGGGUCUGGACCAGUCUCAGAUUGACACUCUGGCGUCGCACUUCGAGGCAUUCAAGAAUGGCGAGGUGGAUGAGUUGCUGGUGGAUAUCAAGACUAACAGCACCAGUGAUACCGAAGACCCUAACAAGACCACCGAGAUGGUCGAUGGAGACAAGACUGAGGAGGUCAAGGAGGAAGAUGAGGGAGAAAAGGUGGAGACUGAAAAGGAGGAGGUGGAAAUGAAGGAGUGA